AUGAUGGGUUAUGUGACGAAUCACCGCUGGAAAAGAUGGAAGAGAAAUCGCAUAUGGGGUGCAACUGCAACGUUUAUAUGUUGCAUGUGUUUCAUCUUGUUCACUCCUCCAAUCCCUCGCUCUCUCAAUCACCACCGUUUUGCUGAUGUGCGCAAUCUUGUUGGAGUUCCCAAUACAUUGAAUGUGAUGACAAAUUUCCCUUUUUUAGUUGUGGGUGUUUUGGGUUUUGUUUUUGCCCUUGAUGGAACUUUCUUCAACAUAAGCUCACAAGGAGAGGUAUGGGGUUGGGUAGUAUUCUAUAGUGGGAUGAUAGGAAUUGCUUUUGGCUCUGCUUAUUAUCAUUUGAAGCCCGAUAAUCACCGCAUCGUUUGGGAUACUUUACCGAUGACAGUGGCAUUCUCCUCGCUUAUGUCUUGUUUGGUUUUUGAGAGAUUCGGCCAGAGGACUGGUCUGUGUUGUUUGUUUUCACUCUUAGUCUCUGCCUUUCUUUGUGUACUUCAUGAACGAAUUUAUAAUGAUAUCCGGUUCUGCAUGAUGUUCCAGUUGAUUCUCCCUCUUGCUAUUCCGGCAGUAGCGUUUAUGUACCGAUCCAAAUAUACUCACUCAGGAUACUGGUUUUUGUCUACAGGGAUUUAUCUGCUAGCAAAAAUUCAAGGUAUUACUGACAAGAAAAUGUUCCGUGUAAAUAACUACUUCAUAACCGGGCAUUCGUUGGAACACUUGUGUUUAGCACUGAUCCCGAUUUCUCUAAGCAUAAUGCUCAUCUACAGGGAACUCAAGUUUCAAAGGUUAGUUGAUCUUAAAGAUCGGCCGUGA